AUGGCUAUCCAAGUCACUUCUGCUGGCGGCAAAGUUAUCAAACUAAACGUUCGACCUGUACAUACCGUUGCCAACGUCCUCGAAUUUCUCUGUGCCCCAAAGAAUAUUCCAUCGGACGCACGACUCAUGCUCAACGGAGAGCUCCUCGACGCAUCAACUACAGUUGGCGAGCUCAAGCUGGAAGAAUCAUCAAUAUUACAACUCCAGAGUCCUUCGAGGAGUACAACUCCAACCGAUCGCUCUGAACCCCAAGCGCUGUUGAAUGAAUCGGUCUCCGACAGGUCAACAACAUCAUCAUCUGCCUCCACCCCGAUACCCUCGGGAGCAGCCACGCCGACCAAGAGAAAGUCCAACAAGCCCCGUUGCUCGAAAGAAGGAUGCAAGGCACCUGCACAGCCCAUAGUGGGAGACUGCGGAUUUUGCCAGAAACGGUUCUGUGGCAAGCAUCGAAUGCUGGAAUCUCACAACUGUGAAGGCUUGGAGGAUGCCAGGCGGGCCGACAAGGACAGGAACGCUGCCAAAUUACAAGGCGAACGAACCGUUAUGCUUCGGGGCCUGUAG